UUUCACACUGAAUCAAAACCACACCUCCUACAUACUUUGACCAGUUGCCUUGCCUCUCCUAUCACCCCCCUCCCUCUCGGCUACCCCACCCUGAUCUUUUGAGAGAAACUGCGAGCAGAAGCAGCCUCUGUUUGAGAGAAGAAAAGGCUGGAGAACCACCCCUCUUUGUCUUUCUGUCUCUUGAAGAAAACCCUAAUUCACCUCAGUACCCCCAUAUUAGGCUUAAAAACAAAAGGGAAACAGAAAACAACCAAAGAGAGUUAGCUUCCAUUCAUCUCUAUCUCUUUCUUCCCUGAUGGAACUAUCAAUUUCAUGAUCCUGGGCUGCUUAUUCCAUUCUUUACACCAUAAUAAACCCUUUUGUCCAAAGACUAAGUAAAAGCAAGCCAAACGCUGUCUUCUUUGUAGAUCAGAGCUUUAAAGACAACUUGGGGUACUUUUUCAGAGAAUAGCUCUUCUUGAUUUAUCUUCCAGAAGACUUUUCUCUUUCUUUCUUUAUAUUACCACAUGCUUUGUUUUGUAGCUUCUCCCUCCCUUCUUAAAUGAGCCUGAUCGAGUCUGUGUGGGUAAGUCAAUAAGUAAGCACGCGAAAAUCUCACUGCAUAUGUAGAUACAUCUCUCUCUCUCUCUCUCUCUCUCCAUAUCUCUGUCUUCUUUUACGUCUUUCCCUUUUAGUUUAUCUCUCUUUUUCUUGAAGAAAAAUGGAUUCUGGCAAUAGUGGAAGUAUGCAAUCCUCCAGUGGUGGAGAUGAAGAGUAUGAUUCACGCGCUGAGUCAAUCUCAGCUUUCUUGAACAACAAUAACAACCCAUUAAGCCAUGUUGGUCCCAUGUCUAGUAACCCACCACCACAACCAGAACACCAGCACCACCACCAAACCCACCACUCUUCUUCAUCAUCAACGUUGUUGUUUGACCCUAUAUCAAACUAUUUUGAUCCUUUAUCAUCAGCACCGUCAAGAUCAUCACCACCUCCUUACACGAACCCAAAUUCACUCCUCAAUCUUGAUAUGGUUUGGUCUAAGAACUUAAGAUCUGAACCCAAUUGCACUGAUCUUGGUGGCUUCAUUUCGUCUUCCUCACCAACCCAACAGUUGUUUACCAACCAAACUCAAACGAGAACCACUUUUCAGUCUCUACCACCACACGGACAAGAAAGUGCUACAAGAGGUUCAGUUUCGGUUUCAGGGACAAAUGAUCAAGUCAGUAACACUGCAGGGGUUAGAAACCCGAAGAAAAGAUCAAGAGCUUCUAGGCGUGCACCUACAACUGUCUUGAGCACGGACACCACCAAUUUCAGAGCCAUGGUUCAGGAGUUUACAGGGAUCCCUGCACCACCCUUCACAUCCUCACCUUUCCCAAGAAGCAGGCUUGAUCUAUUUGGAACUGCAGCCUCCACUUUGAGAACAGCUGUCUCUCACCAUUUGGACCCUUCACCGCCUCCUUACCUUUUAAGACCGUUUGCUCAAAGAUUCCAGCCACCUCCACCAGCAGCACCGCCAUUUGCCUCUUCAGGCUCUACUGCAUCAUCAUUUUCUACUUCUUCUAUGGUUGAUGCUAUAGCCUCCACUGCUACAGCUAACAUCAAUAAUUCCGGUGCUUGUACUAAUAGUAGUACUACUUCUAAUAUCCCCUCAACUUCCAUUAACUACCAACUACCUUCUGAUUUAGGCCUUUUGAAACAGCCGCAACACUUGCUCAACAUCAACGUCCAAAACCCAAUGUUCAAUUUCCACCCUCUUCUUCAAGCCCCUCAUAAAUAUCCACUUCCAAAUUCAACCAGUAUCCUUGGCACCACAAAAGCACAACAAGGGUCUUCUUUAGAAAUCCCAUCAAAUGAUUCACAUCUCAAAAUGGGUGUUUUAGAAGAGUUCGGGAUGAGCCAUGGGCAUGUUAGCACAAACCUUGCAGGGCUUCAAAAUAUAGUCUCAUCAUCAUCGACACCAUCAGCAGAUGCGACGUUAAUGAGAAGAAGUGAUCACAACAACAAUCUUGCAAACUGGGGAGAUGGGGUUGGUUCAAAUGAGGGUGGCCAUCAUCAUCAACAACAACAACAAGGUCUUCUAAGGUCCAUUAACGGAAAUUACAAUAACUCAACCCAGCGUGUUACAAACGGGAAAGUUAACUUCUUGGCUUCUUCAUCAUCAGAUUUUCGUGGUGAUAAUAAGGGGCAAGAGAAUGUGGCUACAAGGAGUGAAGAAGUAGUAAAUGAUAGCGAGAUCAUAAUCAGAGAGAGAAAGAAUGAAGAUGAAGAGGCCGAUAAAGCUUAAAUGGCGGUGAGUAUCUAUGUUGAUGCAUGAAAGAAAGAGAAUAUUUUUUUGUCUCUCUCCAUUUGAACCAUGACUUUUGGUUAACCUAAUUAGGACACCUUUUUUCUUUUUUUGAUUUUAUUUCCCUUUUAAUCUCUCCUAGUUAUAUGUAAAUAAUAGCUUUUCUUUGUUCUUUUGACAUUUUUCCAUGUAUUAAUUCCUGAUCCUUGUACAUCCCUAUACAAACGAUCAUGGCACUCUUAAUUAGUUCUCCUA